AUGUGCCGCUGUACUCAAACAUCGAUUCCUUAUUCACAAUUUGUGUCAUUGAAUUCUCAAUUUCAUCAAGUUUGCUCAAGUGAUUUCGUCAGUGAAGAAUGGUUUUCCUCUUUAUUCAAUGCCAAUACAAGCAAUUACUAUCCUCUUGACUUUCGUUUGAUGGCUUCUGCACAAUUUCAAGUUUUAUCUGUUCUCUGUCGAACAUCACGUCAAGCUGUAAUCGAUGCUGUUCAUGGAUUUGCUGCAACAACAAUAUUGUCACCAAAUGCAAUGUCACGUGAUGUACUCAAUAGUUAUGUAGGCACGUCUAUUGAACAAUUCCAGAAAAAUACACUUGACAGUUUCGGUUCAUACUAUCAUUUUGUGUCAUCUUUUAUUGAAGAACAUCGUUUUAUAUCUGCCUUAAGAACAAAUUUUUAUACGAGAAGUGUUCCUGGUACUAACAUUUCUGUAACUUUUUCUGCCAUUUAUCCACAACAAGUGGACCUAACUCGAUCGUCAUUCAUGUCGAAUGAAACAUGUCUAUGUGAUCGUACAAGUGAUUGUGUUUAUCCUGCUGGCAUUUAUAAUCAAUCGCGAGCUAUCAUUCCGAAUGAAGUCUUUUCUCUUGAUGCAUCGCCUCUAUUCAUUGUACCAGGAUUUCAAGUAGGAUGUGUACCUCAAAAUGCAUUACUUCAAUCAACAUUGGAAUGCUUUUAUAAUCAAUCAUGUUUAGAUAUCGUGAUUUCGUUGACUGGUGCUCUUCGCACUGUCUCAGCUCUGAAUAUUUCAAACCCUUUUUCACGAUUCAGUCCAACAACAACUAUUGGUGUUCUUUUUGAUAAUAUAAUGAUUGAGUCUUGGGAGAACUCUACUGAUUUUGCAACCUAUUUUCAAACUUGCGCACCUAAAGCCUGUUCAUAUUCAUAUGUACAACGGUUUUUUCUCAUUUACAUGAUUACAACCAUGGCUAGUGUCUUUGGUGGACUUAGCGUAGUAUUCCGUACAAUGUCCCCAUUGUUUGUCAAAUUCAUUUUAUGUUUAUGUCGUCAACGGGUUCAAAUGCUAGAAACUAAUGAAGGACAUGAACCAAAAAGAAAUUUUCAAGAUCGUAUAUGGAAUUCCGUUAAGCUAAUUUAUCACAAAACUACCACAUUGAAUUUGUUCAAGACAACUUUCACCAAUGUUCAACAUGGUGUUUACGCUACUCGUGUCUAUAGCAUAUUGCUGAUGCUUGGUAUUUACAUUUUGACCAUUUACUCUAGUUCAACAGUUCGUCCACAACAAAUCAUUGUCAGAAAUCCAAGUUUGGAUCAAUUUGAACAUCUUUAUGACAUGUAUUCAUCGAAACUAUCAUGUCCAUGUCGUUAUUCAUCGAUAAUACGCUCAACAUUCAUAUCCAAUGAAGUACAAAUUCAUCCAUUUUGUACAAGUAGUUUUGUUCGUGAUGAUCGUUGGUUCCAAUAUUGGACAAUGAAAUUUCUCAAUGGUAGCAUCGAUCCUACUCCACCAUUUUAUUGGACUGAUUUUCGCAAAAAUGGAUUGAGGUUUUUUAAUUAUGUUAAAAUAUUCUGUGACAUAGCCAAUAUAAGCAUUGUCGUUGGAUGCUCAAUCAUGAGUGGUCUUUCACAUUCGACAUUUGAAUGUUUCUAUGAUGAUGUUUGCAUCAAUCAACUAAAUAGAGCUUUUGGUAUUUCAUUCACUAAAUUUAAUCUUAAUGAAACGCAGUUUCUACCAACGACUCCAAUUGGAUCCAUUCUAGAUGAGUAUUCCGUAGUAUCAGUGAAUUAUUCAGCUAAUUAUUCUGCAUAUUUUCAAAUAUGUGCUCCGUCAAUAUGUCAAUAUCAUUAUAUCGAACAACGUAAUGUAGUUUACAUAUUCACAACACUGCUUGGAUUGUAUGGUGGAUUGACUGCAGGUCUACAUAUUUUCGUGUGGUAUUUGGUAGAUCUUUACCGCGUCGUCUUCAAUCGUUGUUCACGUUUAUUGCAACGCGUACAUCCAUCGUUUUGA